AUGGGUAAAAAACGCGUUGUUACGAAGGAAGAAGAGGACGAGUUGGAAGAGAACUUGAAACGCGCGAAAAAGCCACUGCAAGCUAGAGAGGGACUUCUCUCCAGAACAGAGUAUCUUCGCCAAGUCUUUCAAGGGGAGCUUGACAAGUACGAAAUCGACUGGCUGUCAGCCGAGAGCACUCCCUUCCCAGUUUGCCAGCUUUCCGAUUUUCUGAGCUCGCCAUCUUUUUCUCUCAGCGAGCUAGAAGAUCAAUGCGCGAAAUUAGAACUGAAGCUCAAGAAAAAUGAUCUCUACCAAUUUAGCCAAAGUCAAGAGUUGAUGACUCUUUCGGAGGUUGAUCAGUUGCCACGCCUGUCUGAAUUCAGAGGCUUGAUGAAGGACUUGUGGCCAUUGAUGUCGGCUAUUUCAGGGCAUGAAAUCACCGAUAUGAGCAUGUUCUACGCGGAGUACAAAUACACGGACCAUCUCUUGCCUCACGAGGACGACCUUGAAAAUCGCGUUGUUGCCUUUGUAUAUUAUCUCAACAGCGACGACUGGGUAGAGAAAGACGGUGGUUUCUUCGACAGUUAUGUUUCCGAUGAACAGGGUCAGCCUGUGCGACUGCAUAAGGAAUGGUUGCCACGCCGCAAUUACCUCAACUUCUUCAAAUUGUCCUGUUUAGAAAUGCAUCAAGACGGUUGGGACGUAGGGAAAGGCGGUGCAGUCAGCUAUAUUACGAAAGGAGAAGACGAGGAACUACUGACAGUGUGUCCAAAAGCAAACUCGCUGUCGUUAGUUUUUCGCGAUGCGGAUACCUUACGAUUUUCGAAAUUCUUGAACAAGAAAACUGCCAAAGACGGCUACUUCGACGUCUUCAACUGUUAUUACGAGUGA